AUGGUGGUGAGCGGCAAGGGGCAACUGCUUCUUGUAGACCUUAUUCUUGUUCAGUCGCCUCCUGCGAUACCCUUUGUGCCCGUUAUAAAGUACAUUGUCCGUCCAUGUGUAUUAUUUCUUAAUGCGAUAUCCUACUACUGUUUCAUAGUUCCUGCUUCAUGGAUGAUGUGGGAUGCAUUUUGCGAAAUUUGCGGAGACCUGAAACUACAACGACAGCUGAAUGUAAAUGAGAAUAAAAUUAUAUCCCCAUCACGGUUUGUGAUCUGUCCCGCUAUUAUUGUGGAUUGGCAUAACUUUGGCUAUACUAUUCUGCGAGGCGACGGACGGCCCUCUCUGGCUGUUUGGGUUUACCGGAAGUUUGAGUGUAAUUUGUGUUUUGGCAAUCGUAACUUGACUGUUAGCAAGGCAAUGCGGAAGGCUCUUCUUGAACUCCAAGAAAGAAUAAAGGUGAGGGGGGAUAAAUCACGCUUAUCGAUAGCUGACGAUGUGGCAGUGUUGUAUGACACAGCUCCCUCUUUUUUUGGCCCGGUGUCACGGGCUCGCUUUGUGCAAAAAGUACUGCGUCCCGUGUUGCAGUCGGGUGGCCAGGACGAUAAGGAGGUCAUGGGACUGUCGCCUCCGCCGGCCUGGGUGAUGGAAACGGAGACACAUGAUAGUACCGAAAACAACAGCUCCUCUGGAAUGUUUGUGAUAGGUGCCACUAGUUGGACAUUAGACGAUGAUUAUAGUAUGCUGGUGGAGGCACUUGUGCGUAUUGAUAAACGACUAAAAGAACAAGGGCAGGAUCAGAAUAGUAUGCAAGCACCUGCUGUGAGGCCCAUCUGGUUGCUCAUGACAGGCAAGGGGGUGUCGCGGGAACGUUUUGAGCGUGCGGUCGUUGCAGCCCAUCUCUCUCCACUUGUGACUGUGACAACCAUAUAUUUUCAGUCGUAUGUGGACUAUGCAAUGGCGCUUGGUGCGGCUGAUGUAGGUCUCUGCAUCCAUCACUCUUCCAGUGGUUUGGACUUGCCUAUGAAGGCGGUGGAUAUGUUGGGCUCUGGAUUGCCUGUUGUGGCUCUGCAGUAUGAGGCGCUUCCCGAACUACUGGACGAGAAACGCGGCUGGAUGUUUAGCAAUGCCGAGGGACUGGAAGCAAUUUUGUGGCGUCUUGCUUACAGGCAUUCCGGCAACGCCGCAGGUUCCUUGGAGCAAAAGCGUCUUUGUGUAAUUGAAAGCCGACGCAAUACGUGGGAUGAACGUUGGCGUGCCGUGGUGUUGCCGUUACUGCGAGAUCUGCUUUAA